CGCACUGACUGAUAUGAGAUACACGAGAAAAUGAAAAUGAGAGCAAUGAUUUUUCUUUUGGUGAGCAGGAAAAUUGUUUUUCAACCAUCAACAGCAUCCUCAGCAUCUGUACGAUAUUGGCCAAAAUAGUUCGCAUACAAACGCUAAACGUUCAAAUACUACUCUACUAAAAUAAAACGGGGCGCGCGUUUUUUUAAACAUAAUAUAUAUUUUUUUUCUACACUUUACAUACAUAUAGAUAUACACUACCAACCAACCAACAAACCAACAAAAAAAAAACAUAUUCAAGUUAAGAAAUUUUCUAUACGAUACAAAAAAAAAAUAAAAGAAAAAAUAUUUGAAAAAAACAAAGUUAAUUUUUUAAAUAGAAUUAUUAAUAUUGUUUAAGAGGAAAAGCCCUUUAAACAAGUGAAAAAUCAGCAAGAAAUUGUCAAAAAGAAUGUGUUUUUUUUAAGUUUUAAAUAAUGUAUAUACAAAUACAUACAACCAUGUAUAUAUGUAUAUAAAAAAAUGUCUCAACAAAACAAAUGUACAACAAUAACAAUAACAACAACUACAACAAUUUAACUAAAGAAAUCCAUUAACCGAGAAAACAAAAAGACAUACGGAAUAAAUGAAACAUGAACUAGAAAAUAAAAUAUAAAAAUAAUAAUGAAUUCAAGUGUAUCUUGUAAAAUGUAUGUUACCUGUGUGUGUUUUUUAGUUGGAGCAGAUAAACCAAAUCAUAAGAAAUAGCAGCAGCAGCAUUAGCUAAAGAAGAAGAAGCAAACAAAUGAAUACAGUGUUAAUGGCCACAACAAAUUUUCAACAAAAACCAUAACGCCCCCUCAAUUAAAGAAAAAAAAAAAUACAACAUAACAAAAAAAAUAUAUAAAAAAUAAAUUAAUCCACAAUAAAGUAUAACAAAACAAAAGUAGAGCGAAAUUUUUCAUAUAAAAGUUUCUUUUGGUUUUUUUUUUGUUCGAUUUGAUUUUGUUAAUUUUUUUAUGCACCAACAACAAAAACAACAAGAAGAUUUAAAUAAAAUUUAUAUGUCUAUGUCGUAAUGCUUGAUCUAAACCAGCGUCUAUAGCCGGCCUCUAUUAUUGUUAUUUUCAAACAAACAAGCUGAACGAAAACAACAAAAAAAAUAACAAAAAUAUCGUUAUUUUUCACCACCCCCACGAUCAUCCUCAACAAAAGCUACAACAGAAAGAAAAAUAAAUAAAAAUUCGUUUGUUUCUUUAGAAUGUAUGUUUUCUUAAGAGUUGUUGUUGCUGUUUAAGUUACCACAGACCAACAACAACAACAAAACAAAAACCAGCAGCAUUAAUAUUGCAAUAACAGCAUCUUCUCCACCAACAACAAGCAAGCAUCAUUAUCAACAACCUCCUCUCACUCUCAGUUCAAGUGCUGUCUCGUCUCGUUUCGUUUUUAUUCGUUUGCCGUUUUGGGCGUUUGUGCGUUGUGGGGUGCGUACGUUGUUGAACGUACUUGCGCCUAUUUGAGGCACAGCAUGUCACUGCCUCACAUACCACCUGAGCUCCAUAAACCGUAGUAUUCGGUAUCAAUAAUGUUAAAAGAUUUUUUGAUUUAUGUUGUUGUUGUCAGUCCUCUCAGCCACCACUACCACCACGAUCACCACAACCACCACCAAAAAAAUAUAAAAAUAUUAGCAAAAAUAUAACAAUUCACCACCAAAAUAUCAAAUCACCACGAACACCACGUAUCAAAUGAAAAUAUUUAAAUAAAAAAAAAUUUUAAAUUUAAAAAGAAAAAAAUUAUUUUUUUCAUCAUUUAUUUUCAAACAUCAUUUCCAUCGAUCGUCCAAAAAAUAAAUCAACAUCAAGCUAAAAUAAUAGGCUCCACUAGCAAACAAAAAAAAAUAUUCAAAUCAUCUCCACCACCACAACCACUCCAAACAUCAUCAUCAAUAAUUUUGUAGUUGUACUUCAAAUCCAUCCGUUCAACUUCCAUCAUGGCCACCAUCAAUUCGGUUCCCAAAAGUAUACACCUGCCCUUGACAACAAGUCUGUCGUCAGCGCCUCGUGUGCUUAUGUGUAGUGCGUCGGUGGGCACAGAAGCUUCGGUAACAUUACAAUUGCGCGAUGUUAAUUCCAAUGACUCAAUACAAUCCAAUCAAUCAUCAUCAGAAGCAGCCGCCGCAGCAGCAACAAUUAUUACAACGUCUACGAACAGCCAUCACCAUACAGGCGGAACAGGAACAACAGCCACAACGACGACGACGACAACAACAUUGGAUAAUGCAUUAACCAUUGGUUAUCCAGAUCCAGAAAUGUUGGCUGAUGUUUUAGGUACAUUACAAACAGCAUCUCUUAAAAAUACAAAUCCCAGUGGUGAGAGUACAAAACAUAAUUCCUCCAAAUUAACAAAUACCAGCGAUAUAAUAAAUAACAAUUUAAAUGGUACGAUUAAAAAUCGUAUAACAAUUAGUAAACGAUCCUCGAAUAUAAUCAACAAUUCCCAAAAUACCAGCAGCAAUAACCACAACAACAACAACAUUAUCAAUCACAAUAAUAACAACAGCCACAUUAGCAAUAACAACAUCAACAAUUGUCUUCGUGAUAUUUCCAAAACGACAAGCACAUCAGCGGUACAAACGGUAACGACAUCAACGAAUACUACAACCGCUGUUAAUAAAACCAAUAGUUAUAUUAAGAAUUGUCUAAUACGUAGCAGCAGUUGCAGCAAUACUACCAACAUAACAUCACUGGCUCAGAUAAUGAGCAAUAGUAGUAAUAGCAGCAACACCACCAACAAUGCCCAUAGCAACAAUAGCAAUAUUAAUAAUAACAAUAACAAUAAUCAAAUCAAUAAUAGCUCAACUAUCAGCUGCAACGGUAUUAAUAAUAAUAAUAACAAUAACAACGGUAGCAAUACAAAUUUAAGCCAACUUAACACUAACAACACAACCAGCAGCAGCAACAAUAGUUGCAAUAGCAAUUUCAGCUCAAGCAGUAACGACAGUUGUUUCAGUUAUAGCAGCAAUAGCAGUAGCGGCAACUCGGUUGCCCGUAGCAUAACAUCGUUGAGUCACGGUAGCCGCAAAGUUCCUGGUCCAUUAACAACAAAUCCACCGAAAAUAUUAAAAAAGAGCCGUUCAAAAAUAUCAUCGCCCAGUCGUCACGGACCCCAGCAGUGUCAGAUUUGUAAUAAAAUUUUUGGAAAUGCAUCAGCGCUGGCCAAACAUAAACUGACGCACAGUGACGAACGGAAAUACGUGUGUGUUAUGUGCUCAAAGGCAUUUAAGCGACAAGAUCAUUUAAAUGGACAUAUGAUGACACAUAGAAAUAAAAAACCAUAUGAAUGUAAAGCUGAAGGUUGUGGCAAAUCGUAUUGUGAUGCUCGUUCAUUAAGAAGACAUACGGAAAAUCAUCACGCCGGUAUAAUUGCACCACACAAUCAUCAACUGUUAAUAUCCAAUAACAAUUCCAAUUCAAAUUUAAGUUUAUCCCCAGCCACAGCAAAUGGAGACGCCAGUUCACCAGAUGGUGCCACCUGUUUAGGCACAUAUCUUUCAAAUGGCGGUACAGUCGUAGAUGCAGCCACUGGUUUAGCUUUGACAGAAGAAGAACUUAAAGCCUUGAAUGUGCCCCUUAAGACAGGCGUAACUUUGUUAUCACCCACCUCGACUACAUCCUCCAUGUCGUCCUCUAGUACAAUGUCGAACGGUCCGGGUGCAACCAUAACUUUGACCGACAAUAGUGGUAAUUUGGAAGGAGAAGGUUUGACACGCGAACAAUUGGAUUUGAUAAGUAAAAUAAUGAGACAAACUAAACAAACCACAGCUCAAGUGACAGUAUCUUCGCCUACCAGUAGUCAAUCAUAUAAAAUUGAUACCAAUCCCCCAGCAACGGCCCAGACACAAACACAAACAAAUUCCCGACCCAGAACCUGGAAUAUGCAAUUGCUAAAUUCCUCUCAAAAUGUUGCCAUUACCGUUGAUGAGCUCAAUGCCGAAAAUAUCAAUGAUUCCCCCAACAAUGCUCAAUCAAAACUUAAGGAGGAUGAAAUUGAAAUAGAUUUAUCCAAUAGCAUGAAUUCCAAUCUCUUCAAUUUGGUUAAAAUUGAUCAGAAACCAGUAGAGUGUAAUUUAUGCCAUCGCAAAUUUAAAAAUGUACCCGCCCUUAAUGGUCAUAUGCGUUUACAUGGCGGCUAUUUCAAAAAGGAUCCGGAAACCAAAAAGAGUGAGAAGAAGGAGAAUAGUGGUCCCCCCUUGCAGACGGCCAGUAUUGGUGUAAGAGCCUUGAUUGAGGAGAAGAUUAUAAACAAACGAAGUAAAGAUUUGAAUAAGGGUGCCUUUGUAGUCCCCGCACCGCCCACAAAUAGUACCCAAAAUAAUACAACUACCAUACGUAGAUCCAUUAGUGAUUUGGAUAGUUUCCUUAAUCCCAAGACACAACCGAACAGUACAACUACAACAAAUCAACAAAAUUCCACACAACAACAACAGCAGCAACAACAAUUACCUGCGGCUACAACUAUUAAACAUAAUCCAAAGUCCAAUAUCAAUGUACAAGACAUUAACUUGCCACAAAGUAUCGAAAUCUAUAGUACUAAGCAACAGCAGCAGCAUCAGCAUCAGCAACAGCAACAAAAGACAAUGAAUAAUAUUGGGGUGGGUACCACAACCAACACCCUAAAUGCCGAACGUAUUGCAACGAAAACAACUACAACAACAGCAGCAACGAUUAAUACAACGACAACACGAAGCACAUCAACCGAUCCAAAAGAUUCGACUCUGAUCGAAUUACUAAAACGGGGCACUCGCAUAGCAGUCACCCAGAAACCGCCAAACAACAACACACCCUUGGGUGGUGUAACCCGCCAGAUUAUAACAAAUAAAAAUAAUUGUAGUGUCAUUAUACCCUCGGAAGUCCAGGUGCUGUCGACCAAGGGAAAGCUUAAGAAAGACGAACACAUACAAAUGUCAAAUUCCACUAAUGUUACCCUGCCCGAUGGCACUCCUUUAUCGUUGACUAUUGCCCAAGGGGCUGAUAGUAACAGUGAAGUAUAUACGGUCACCUACACGAGUGAUGGUUCGGCUUUAUUUGGUGAAAACGAGGUUUAUAAUGUUAGUGAAGCCGAGAUGUUGUUACAAACUGUCGAUACCAUGCAAUUAUUGAGUGAUGCUGGAGACAAUUUAAAACCUGAACAUUCCGAACAAUUUGAGGUCAUGGAUAAUAAAAUGAAUGAUAUUGAGCAGCAAAAUUGUGUGGAUCAGCAGCAACACCAACAGCAGCUUCAUCAGCAGCACCAGCAACAUCAGCAGCAACACCACCACCAACAGUUGCAACAGAACUCAAAUCAGUGUCAAACUACACAAACUUUACCAAACUUCCAACAUUUCCAUUCCAAAGAAUUAAUCAUACAAAAUCCAACUUUGAUCAACCACCAGCAGAUUAGAACAAAUACCUUGUCCUUGCCACAAGAUAUAAAAAAUCAAUUCACCUCCAGCCUCAAUUCACCCAUACAUUCACCUCUAGCUUAUCCCACACCACCUUCAAGCCACGAAAAUGUUACACAGACUUCCCCCUACAUAGAGGACAAUCAUCACUUCAACGAUGCACCAAAUAUCUUCUUCAGUGAGUCAUUAAUUUCCAACAAUCAUGCGGGAGAAACCGAUAAUGAGAAAAUAAUGAAAUUGAAAAGUGUGCUCGAAGAUAAUUCCUUCGAUUCCAAUAUUAAAGUGGAAGAUUUGCUAAAUGGCACAGAUCCCGAUACGGAGUGUGAUUUGCGUGAAUUCGCAGAGGCAAAUCUUUCCUUCCUCGAUGAAGAUCAAGAAUUUCUAAACGACUCCCGUAAUGCCACAUCACCGCUAUCCGAAUCAUUUUUCACUAGCGGUAUAGGCACAGCCGAAGAGGUCAAAGAAGUGUUGCGUGAAGUUUUAACCGAAGAUCAACUCAAUUUGAAUUGUGAAAAUCAGGGGGAGAAUAUAAUUGAUUUAUAUUAUUUACCCGGUCUAAGUUUACAAUCACAAAUGAUGCCCAAUUCCGAAGAUCCUCUAUUGUCGUCUUCACCACGAGAUUUUGGGCAGCAACAAAAAAUACAAAAUCCCUUGCCCCAACAGCAACAACAGACUCAGCAGCCACAACAGCAGCUGCAGCAACAACAACAAAUCCAACACAUUCCUCAUCAACAACCACAACAGCAACAUCAAAAUCAACAGCAUAAUAUUCAAUACAACAAUCAGCAGCAGCUGGCACAUCCAAACCAAACAGUUAAAAUAUCCUUGGAUUCGAAUACACAAACAUCUUCUGGUUCAGCUACUUCCUCCUCCGAAAUAAAUCAAUUGAUUUUGAAUAUACCCUCAAAUGUAAUACAGAAUUCCUGCAAUCCAACCUCUGCAAAUUCCUCCUCUACAACAACUACUAUACACUAUAAUGUACAAAAUUUACCACAAGUACAAAAUCAAUCUAAUAGUCAGCUACAGCAACAGCAGCAGUCGCAUCUUAUGCAACAGCAGCAGCAACAACAACAUCAGUCACAAUUUCUGACAUCCACAACCAUAAACUCACUUAAUGAGGCCUUAAUGCAGCCUAUAAUAUACACUAGUGGUACCACCGAUAAAAUGGAACUAAAAUUAGACAACAACCCCAACUCUACUAACCCACAAUUACAAAAUAUUAUUCAUCUCAAUAAACCCCUGGAGAUGGUGAAAAAUACAACAUCAUCAUCAUCGAGCCAUAUAAUAUUUCCACAGCAAAGUCACUCCUCGAAUUCCAUUGCCUCGAACCCAACUGUAACCACCUCUCUACAGCCGCUGUCAAAUCAAACUAACUCUAUUUUGAAAAGACGUUUGAAAGGUCAUUCCUCGUUAGACUCUACGUCUUCACAUUCUUCUUAUUCCAAAUAUCAAGCAUUGUCGCCCUACAAAUCAAAACUACGCAAACCUUCACGUACCCAUUACACACCAGCUCCCAUACUGAAUCCCGAACGCAAAGGUCACGGUUUGUACUGCAAUGUUUUGAAGCAAUUGGGCUGUUCUCUCUUGACCUUCGAUAAUUUCGAUGAUGAUUUCGACGAUCCCGUGGGUUUGGUCGAUUUCUCCGAUGAAUCAAAAGUAAAUUUAGGUUCAGCCUACCAAGCCGCUAUACCUGCAUUUAAUGAAAACGCCUGUUCCAGUUCGGCUAUAGAGGAAACGAUUGGUUGUGAUCUGAUGUGGGAUCCGGAAGUCCAAAAGGAUGAUAAGAUUUUAAUGAGAUUCAUCGACUUGAGUAAAUCUUCAGCCGUACCCUUGGGCAGUCAUUCUGAGGAGGUUGCCUUACAGGCCUUGCUAAAGGCCCAGGGUAACACAGCAACAGCUGUUUUGAGUUUAUUACAGACCCAAUCGAACUCAUUCCAAAUAAAAUGGUCUUCACAUGAGUUGGAGAUAUUUCUGAAGGGUUUGGAGAAGCACGGGAAGGAGUUUAGUAAAAUUUCAAAAGAGCUCGGUUCAAAAACCACUGGAGAAUGUGUACAAAUGUAUUAUUUCUGGAAGAAAUUAUGUGUAGACUACAAGGUAACCCACCUAAAAACAGAAACACCACCACAAAAUCAUGCCAAUGAUCCCAAACCUUAUGUAUGCGAAAUACCAGAUUGUUCAGCGAGCUUUUCUUCUAAAGCAGCUCUGCAUGGUCAUACUCGCAUCCAUACUUAUGGCCGCAACAGCCACAAUAAUCAACACAGUAAUAAUAAUACGAAUGCAACUGCAACAACUACUAAUACUACCAAUGCAAAUUCCUCGCAAGGUUCUGCUACCAAUAGUAAUAAUCAUCCAAUGCAUAAUAACACCCAGUCUAUCCAUACCAACACGGCGAAUCCAAAUCAAAAAGAUACCAAUGCCAAUAAAGACAAUACCGAAUUCCCCUGCAAGGUGUGCGGCAAAGUAUUCAAUAAAAUUAAGAGUCGUAGUGCCCAUAUGAAGACCCAUCGUGCAACAGAUAAUGAAACAACUGUACAAAUUACAAAUAAUCAAAAUCAAAUAAUACAACAACAACAACAACAGCAGCAGCAGCAGCAGCAACCACAACAGCAACAAACACAACAAUUAUAAAAAAAUUAUUAACAAAUUGUUUUAAACAAAUUCAUAUAAUUCCUAACAAAUACAUUAUAAUUUUUAAAUUAAAUGUAGACAAAAAACAAAACAAAAAAUCAAGAAUUCUUAAAAAAAUAAUGACAAUCGCCCGAGAAGAGAAAAUCUAAAUUAAUUAAUUAAAUUUAAUAUUUUUAUGUUAAUUUUACUUGACUUUCAAUCAUUUUAAAUGAUUCGAAAUUAAUUUUAUGCAGCAUUUCUUAAGAUCCGUAAAAACCCAAAAAAUAAUUUUAAACUAGUAAAGAAACAAAAA